AUGGCCGCCAUGCUAGACUUUCGCACCCAAGGCUUCAACCCCUAUGCCGUCAAGUACUCUCCCUACUACGAUUCGCGCAUCGCCGUCGCUUCGGCUGCCAAUUUCGGCAUCGUCGGCAAUGGGCGCCUCUACUCGCUCGGGCUCACGGCGCAAGGCGUCCAAGUAGAAAAGGCCUUUGAUACCAAUGACGCCCUCUACGAUCUCGCCUGGUCCGAGAUCAACGAGAACCAGCUCAUUGUCGCAUGUGGCGAUGGCUCGCUCAAGCUCUUUGACCUCGGUGUCGACGAUUUUCCCGUCAUGAACUUUCACGAACACAAGCGCGAGACGUUUUCCGUCUGCUGGAACCCCGUGACCAAGGACACAUUCGUCUCCAGCUCCUGGGAUGGCACUGUCAAAAUCUGGUCACCAACACGAAACUUCUCCAUCAAGACGUUACCGAUUGGCAACUGCACAUACAGCACCUCCUUCUGCCCCUCAAACCCGGCGCUGAUAUCCGCCGUCUCCUCCGACUCUCACCUGCGCCUAUUUGACCUGCGCACGCCCUCGUCCGCCAAGUACCAUCUCGUCGCCACGAUCCCCGUGCACGCCCCGCCGCCGACGCCCGGCGGCGUGGGCGGCGGCGCCACCCCCUCGGAGCUCCUCACCCACGACUGGAACAAGUACAACGACACUGUCGUCGCCACCGCCGGCGUCGAUCGCAUCAUCCGCACCUUUGACAUUCGCAACCCCAACGGCGGGCCCCUGUCCCUCAUGCAGGGCCACGAGUAUGCCGUCCGCAAGGUCGCCUGGAGCCCGCACGCCAGCGACAUUCUCAUCAGCGCCAGCUACGACAUGACGGUCCGCCUGUGGAACGACGGCUCCACGAUGGGUCCCGUCGCAGGGCCGGGCGGCGCCCGGUUCGGCCAGCAGAUGGGCAUCAUGAACCGUCACACAGAGUUCGUCACGGGCGUGGACUGGUGCCUGUUUGGUGUGGGAGGCUGGGUGGCCUCGGUCGGCUGGGAUGAGAGAGUGCUGCUGUGGGAUGCCAACAUGCUGAUGGGGCGCAGAUAG